AAUCAUUUAUAUAUUCAUAUCCUAAUUACAUUAAUGUCAUGUGUUCAGUGCUCCCCCACAUAUUUACAACAAACAGGAUUUUUUUUCUUUUAGGCAUAGGUCUGACCUCACGCAUUCAUCACGUCAUCUACAUAAUAACCAACGCCAGUUCUGUACUUAAAGUCUAUACCAGGGAGUUCUGCGAAGCAUCCUCUGAAGAAAGAGGCAUUUUUUGUUACCAGUCUAAACCUUAAGGGGGCUUUUUAGCUUUGGGUCAGCUUGCAGUUUCUGGAAAACAUCUGAAUCAUUUUAUAACCAAACCCAGCUGCCACGGCACUGUGUGUGUGUGUGAGUGUGUAUGUGUGUUCGCCUGCGGAACAAGAAGAGAGGAAGAGCAAAUCUGCUUGCAUCGCUCUCCAAAAGGAAAGAGAGGGAAAAAAAAGUUUGGACGUCUUUUUCCCUUCUAAGUUUUUUUAGGAAUGAACGCCGAGACGUGCGUUUCAUACUGCGAUAUGACAUCCAUGGAUUCAUAUUAUAGUCCGUCUACACCACAAGGUAGGGAUCACCAGGCAAACCCGUUUAGGACAUUCCAAGCGAGUGACACCAAAUACAGUCCCACUUUCCUGACCAACAAAGGUCAGGCAUACGGGGAAAAGUCGCGGAGCCCAUUCCAACAGGAAUGCCAGUCAUUGGAUGCCACUUCUGGGGAAGGCACCUUUAACAAAUACCACCUCUUCAUGCAGAGAUCCUCUUGCAAAACUCCCCCUGAAGGAAGCAAACAUCACCAAGAGAGCGGACACAACGGAGCGCUCAUUUCUUGCUAUGCCAAAGACGGCACUGGACUGACAGACUCCGAGUUGCCCCCGAAUGCUGAUCCUGCAGGUAUGGAUGGCAGCUACCUCAGUGUGAAGGAGCCUGGAGCCAAGGGCCCUGCCGAUCGGCCAGGACCCGAAUUGACUGGGCCUCUAGACAAGGGCGAGGGCGAGAGCAACAAGGGCAAGAAGAGACGCAACCGGACCACGUUCACCAGCUACCAGCUUGAAGAGCUGGAGAAAGUGUUCCAGAAGACGCACUACCCGGAUGUGUAUGCCCGCGAGCAGCUGGCGCUCCGCACGGACCUGACUGAGGCCCGUGUGCAGACAGACACCCUACUCCCUAUCUUCCAGAUCCAGAACCCCUCAUGGAUCGGAGGAAGCAGUGCUGGCUCUCCAGUGCCCGGCUGUGUGGUGCCCUGUGACACCGUAACCUCCUGCAUGACCCCGCACCCCCACGCAACCGGCGGGGUGUCAGACUUCCUGGGCGUCCCCAGCCCCGGGGGUCACAUGGGACAGACACACAUGGGCAGCCUGUUCGGGGGGCCCGGUAUGGGCGCUGGCAUCAACGGCUAUGACCUCAACAUGGACCCCGACCGCAAGUCGUCCAGCAUCGCCGCACUGCGUAUGAAGGCCAAGGAGCACAGCGCCGCCAUCUCCUGGGCCACAUGAUGAUCCCGUGUCAUCAGUUUGCGACCCAUGGUCCACCUGUUACCAUGCCAACCAAUCCAAGACAGAGGAUGUGAGACGAGACAAUACACCCCAAAAUCCAACAGCUACAACAUGUCGAUAAAUCCUUCACGAUAGCAACAGCCGUUACAGAAGCUACACCCAAAAGUGCUGAGAAAAGGAGACAGGACGCUGACAGAAAGCAUGGUCUAUUUUUAUAUCCCGGAUUUCUUAGUCCUGCGAGAGAUCAGAGAGGCAUGAUUUGAAGGCUGGCAAAUUGACUGGAUGCCCUAAAAUCAGGUGAGGCAGUGUGAAAUGCAGAAAGAAAAAUUAAUUCCAAAAAAGAAAUUCUGGGUAAUAAGUCAAAGCUAGACCUUUUAGCCAGACCUCACUGCUAUGCAACAAAUCAGAGCGACGUAUAGACAGAAAACACUUUGUGUGCUAGCAAAUUUUCCAACGGGUGAGAAUAUUGUAAGUGUGUUACGGAUGUGCUUCACCACUUAUUUUCUGGUAUGGUGAUCUCCUAUGCCCUCCUCAAACACCUCCUCCCCCCGCUUACAUACCCCGCCCACAUGUAUUCCCCCUUGACCCAAGCUGGGCCAAACUACAAACAUCUUUGAAACGUGUCUGUCUAGCCAGCAGAAGGGAGACCAGUAUUGAUGUCAUGAUAUUAUUUUUUGAGCCUCCCGUCUCUCUGGGCGCACAAUCUUAGCGUAGUUGGGGUGAUGAUCGCGUGCCGACAGCCUAUAGUUGCACGUGGAGCUCCAAGGUGGGGUGGGGGGGCAGCUGCAUGCCACUGCUCCACCACAUCCAAUCAAAUCCUGGCAGCUGUCACUGUCACUGCACUUCAGGGUGAGUGUCUACACCAACUGAGCUCAUGAGGUCCACCUCUGAAAACAAAUCCUGGCCAACCUUAAAUUUAAUACAGAUCCAUAAUCCUUCAAAAAUAGGCCCUUAUCUUUAAUCUUUAUUCACAAUACUCACACCAGAAGACUAAUGCUGCACGGUUUUAAG